AUGGCGUCCGAACCACCCAGCAACAACCCCACUAUCCUCUCCUCGCCCUUGAUUGCUGUCACCGCCGCCAACGGCACAGCCCACUUCUCUGUCCAUAGUGCCACCCUUCUAGCUCACUCCCCGCCAUUGAACUGUGCCCUCACUGGCCCGUGGAAAGAAUCAGCCACCCAGCAAAUUGACCUCCCCGACUGGGACGGCCCCACCGUUGCCCGCUUCCUCCAAUACCUCUACAUCGCCACAUACUCAUCCGAGCCCCACACCCUUCUCCCGCACGCCCAGCUCUAUGCCCUUGCCGACUACAAGGACGUCCCCGGGCUGCGCCAGCUCACGCUCACACGCCUUGCGCAGGCCCUCGAUGCCUCCAACUGGUGCACCCCCGACGAUGCUGCUACCGCCGACGCAAUCGACUUGAUUGACUAUGUCUACACCCACACCCGCAGCGGCGACACCAUUCGCACCGUAGUGUGCCGCUUCGCCGUUAAGCAGCUGGAAAGGCUCAUGGGUUGUGGGGACAUGGAGGUUCUGCUGUCCAAGGGCGGGGACUUUACCAUCGAGUUGCUGAGAAUGGCCACUAUCGUUACCAAGGAGGAACUGGCUGCCGCCACCACUGCCGCCACUACUGCCGCUGCGACAGUCAAUGCGCAAAGAGCGGCUGGGAGAGUUGUGAGCACGGCUGGUGCGGAUGCGGAGAGGAUAGGGGUGCUUGAGGCGAGGGUGCAGGUGCUUGAGGCGAGAGCUGCAACCGUGCUGACCCCGGCGGCGGCGCAGAGGGCUGCGGCGGCCAGGAUGAGCGCUGCUGUUAGGAGGGGUUUUGCGGGAGUUUAA